GGGGGGGGGGGAGUUCUGGUCUUGGCCACUGUGAUCAUCAUCAUUGCUACUGUCAUUAUCAUGUAAUAUUUUUUCCUUCCGAGUUUUCUUCUCCAGUUGUGGAGCUGUGGUGGGGGUAAGGAGCAGUGGAAAAGGUGGCCAGAGCUGACCAGUUCUCGCUCUCUUUUAUAUUCAAGCAGCUCUGUCUCUCCUUAGACCCUAAGCUAGCCAGGCUCGCCAACUCUCCAAGUCAGAGACAAGGGAGCUUGCAAGGGUGGGGAGAACUCUAAUUCUGCCAGGGUGAAUCUCAGCCAUAGCAGCAGGCUGGUGAUGGAGGUUUGGGGGGAAGGUUCUUAGAACCUCUCCAAGUCAUACUAUAGAAGAGGCUUCUAAAAACUUAGCCCUGACUUGCUAAUCUAGUGAUUGUGAAAGGGAUGAUGAAAAUCUCUAUGAACCUAUUGUGUUUGGAAUUUUAUUAACUACAUCACUGGGUUUUGUUUGACUUCUCCAAAGGAAUAUGACCUGGGAUUUGUGGGGGUCAUCCUUUUAGCUUUGCAUAUUAAGCAAAAUUGUGGGCCAGGUAAACCAUGUUAUUAGCCCAGAUAAAUCGAGAUUCUCAGGGAAUGACUGAGUUUCCUGGCGGGGGAAUGGAGGCUCAGCAUGUCACUCUUUGCCUGACAGAGGCCGUAACUGUGGCAGAUGGUGACAAUCUGGAAAACAUGGAAGGUGUCAGUUUACAAGCAGUGACCCUUGCAGAUGGAUCCACAGCUUACAUACAACACAAUUCCAAAGAUGGAAAACUUAUGGAUGGCCAGGUUAUUCAACUUGAAGAUGGUUCUGCUGCCUAUGUCCAGCAUUUCCCCAUACCUAAGAGUACAGGGGAUAGUUUGCGUCUAGAAGAUGGACAGGCAGUUCAGUUGGAAGAUGGAACUACUGCUUUUAUUCAUCACACCUCCAAAGAUAGUUAUGACCAGAGUGCACUGCAGGCCGUCCAGUUGGAGGAUGGCACCACUGCCUACAUUCACCAUACUGUACAAGUUCCCCAGUCUGAUACCAUCUUGGCUAUUCAGUCAGAUGGCACCGUGGCAGGCUUGCACACAGGGGAUGCCACUAUUGACCCUGAUACCAUAAGUGCUUUGGAACAAUAUGCCGCAAAGGUGUCUAUUGAUGGAAGCGACACUGUAACUGGUGCUGGGAUAAUAGGUGAAAAUGAGCAGGACAAGAAAAUGCAGAUUGUGUUACAUGGACAUGGGACGAGAGUCACUGCAAAAUCACAGCAAAGCGGAGAAAAGACCUUUCGGUGCGACUACGAUGGGUGUGGAAAACUCUACACAACAGCUCACCAUCUCAAGGUCCAUGAAAGGUCACACACAGGGGACCGGCCGUACCAGUGUGAGCAUCUUGGCUGUGGGAAGGCCUUUGCCACAGGUUACGGAUUGAAAAGUCAUUUUAGAACCCACACAGGAGAAAAGCCAUAUCGGUGUUCAGAAGAUAAUUGUACGAAGUCUUUUAAAACAUCGGGUGACCUUCAGAAACACAUUCGCACUCACACAGGUGAACGCCCCUUUAAGUGUCCCCACGAAGGAUGCGGCAGGUCUUUUACUACAUCAAACAUCAGAAAAGUUCACAUUAGGACACACACAGGAGAAAGACCCUAUUACUGUACAGAGCCAGGAUGUGGGAGAGCAUUCGCCAGUGCAACGAAUUAUAAGAAUCACGUGAGGAUACACACAGGUGAGAAGCCAUAUGUUUGUACAGUCCCUGGGUGUGAUAAACGAUUCACAGAAUAUUCCAGUUUGUACAAACACCAUGUGGUUCACACUCACUCCAAACCAUACAAUUGCAAUCACUGUGGGAAAACGUAUAAGCAGAUCUCCACCCUCGCGAUGCACAAGCGAACAGCUCACAACGACACAGAGCCCAUCGAGGAGGAGCAAGAAGCCUUUUUUGAGCCCCCACCGGGUCAAGGCGAGGAUGUGCUCAAAGGUCCUCAGAUAACAUAUGUUACUGGUGUAGAAGGGGAAGAUGUUGUAUCUGCACAAGUAGCUACAGUAACUCAGAGUGGAUUGAGCCAGCAAGUAACACUCAUAUCCCAGGAUGGAACCCAACAUGUCAACAUAUCUCAGGCAGACAUGCAAGCCAUUGGCAAUACCAUCACAAUGGUGACGCAAGAUGGCACCCCAAUCACAGUCCCCGCUCAUGAUGCAGUUAUCUCUUCAGCAGGAACACACUCUGUAGCCAUGGUGACUGCAGAGGGUACGGAAGGACAGCAGGUGGCGAUUGUGGCCCAGGACUUGGCAGCCUUCCACACGGCCUCCUCAGAAAUGGCGCACCAGCCACACGGGCACCAUUUGGUGGCCACAGAAGCCCGGCCGCUGACGUUGGUGGCCACGUCCAACGGAACACAGAUCGCCGUGCAGCUUGGAGAACAGCAGUCUUUGGAAGAAGCCAUCAGAAUAGCCUCCAGAAUCCAGCAAGGAGAGACGCCAGGCUUGGAUGAUUAACCUGGAUCUUGGGACCAUCCGGCGGAGAAUAUUUUCUUUUCACACAACAGAGACCCUUGCAGCCAGAGUCCGAGAACACUUGGAAGUUUCCCAUUCCUUGAUCCUCUGCACACAUUUUUAUGCACAAGUGGACAACGUCUCACGCUUGACCCUUGAAAUAGAUCGGUUGGGCUCGGUGACCACCAAGGUCCCUUCCAACUCUCAAAUCGGCAACUCUUGAUUUCCAACCUGACCCCAUGUGUAUGCAGAAAUAUGAAAUUAGGACUAGAUGGUAGAUUUUCCUGUUGUUACUCUUUUAUCGACUCUCAGACUACUAAAGUCUACCUGCAUGGCCAGUGCAGCUGUAGAAUUCUGCCCCAGGAUGAAUUUUAACUUUUAAGUACAUGAUCAAGGCUAUUCAGAUACCUUCAGAUGUCUGAAAGGUCCUUACAAUCAUAAUUCCAGAAGCCAUUUCAAAUGACAAAAGGAUGCAAAGCCUUUAAGAAUGUUCCUCAAUUAGUAGGAACUUGGCAAUUUUGGUUCUACAUUUCUCCACUUUGAUUUCUGUCCCAGGUAGCUGGGUGACUGUUGUCUUCCCCGUCUUUGUUAAAUACAGCCUAUUCAGCCAAUUCCAUUAGCUUUACAUUAGAUUAUGUAAAAACUGAAAUGCUUUGGUUGUUCAGAAUUAAAAGGUUAAAUUCGAUACUUUGGUUUCCUUAAAGGUUUUACCUUA